GCCCCACCACUGCGGCUGCGUGAGCGCCGUUCCGGAAACGGAAACGCGCAGAGGUCGGGGUUGGCUUUCAAUAUGGCGACCCUUAGAACUGUGGUCUCUGGCUGUGGGUGGCUUUUCCGAGGGUUCCUGGCGUGCCCAGGCGCAACCACGUGGACUCGAUUACCAGCUCGUGGGUUCAGAGAAGUGGUGGAGAUCCAAGAAGGGAAGACGACUAUAAUUGAAGGUCGUAUGACAGAGACUCCCAAGGAGAGUCCAAAUCCUCCUAACCCCUCUGGCCAAUGUCCUAUCUGCCGUUGGAACCUGAAGCACAAGUACAACUAUGAGGAUGUUUUGCUGCUUAGUCAGUUCAUCCGGCCUCACGGAGGCAUGCUACCCCGAAAGAUCACAGGCCUAUGCCAGGAAGAGCACCGAAAAAUUGAGGAGUGUGUGAAGAUGGCCCACCGUGCAGGUCUGCUCCCAAAUCAUAGGCCUCGGCUUCCUGAAGGAUUUGUUCCAAAGAGCAAACCCCAACUCAACCGGUACCUGACUCGCUGGUCUCCCCGUUCCGUCAAGCCCAUCUAUAAAAAAGGUCACCGCUGGAACAAGGUGCGCAUGGCUGUGGGGUCACCCCUACUGAAGGACAACAUCUCCUACUCAAGAAUGCCUUUGAAGUGGUAUCAUUGACUGAGAGCAGGGCUUCCAGAAAACCUGGCUGGAGCACCUCCCACACUUCCUCUGUGGAAUAGGAGGCUCACUCAUGAGCCUUUACCCACAACCACACUCUUGCCCUCUCCCACCAAGAUGGCUUGGGUCCUCCAGUGCGAAUGGGCAAGGGAAAAGGGACAGUGGGACUAACUUCAGUACCAUCAUCCUGCCCAGGAACACCACUGGGAGGAUAGGCAAGGGCAGUUGGGUCCCUUGGCAGCUGCUGUGGGUUUGAGCUAAGCUCUGCUCAGGGACAGGAGUUUUGCCCAAAGGAAUGUAUGUCAUAAACAUGGUUCAUGGGCUUA